CAACGAUCAACUCUGACACAACUCUGGGGCAUCGAAUCAAAGUAUAUAAAUGAACUCUCGUGAUUAAGGAUGAAGCAAGUGACAUUGAACCCGUUUUAUGGUUCGUCCCUCGUGGUGAUUCUUUCUUUGGUUAUCAUAGGUUUAUGCAGCACGGAUGCAAACGAAUGUGAUACAGAAAAUGGUGGAUGUGAGCAAAUCUGUUCAAUUAACAACGGAACAAACGAAUGCAGCUGUAACGAUGGAUUUACUUUACGAGAUGAUGAAUAUAACUGUACAGUCCAGAGGUUGUACUUAGAAGGUGACGACACUUUCGCACACCCUAAUACGUUUAACAUUUUUGGUGUAUAUGAGUUACAACAGGAAACCUUUAGUGAUCGCGUAGUGUAUAAAAAAAUAAAUGUUGCUAACUAUCUGUAUUAUUGGCCUUCCGACAAUCAGUGGUAUAUAAGUGAGACUUUAGGAAGUGCCACUAUCAGGGCUUAUUUUAACGAAAAUCCAGACUAUCCGGAAUCUAUACAGACUCCUCUGUAUGUAAUUGGCAGCGACGAUGAGUGGACGGCUUCCUAUUACACGCUAACAUCAUGCACAGAAGGAAUUAUGUGUGCUUGUGAUGCCGGUUAUGAAUAUAAUGGAUCAAAUUGUACAAACAUAGAUGAAUGCAGUAUUGGGACCGAUUCAUGUAAAACAGCACCUGCCUGCUCUGACACUGAUGGGGCAUAUACUUGUUCGUAUGAUAACGAAUGUGGAUGUGAGCAUACCUGCUCAAAUAACAGCGAAUCAUACGAAUGCAGCUGUAACAAUGGAUUUACUUUGCAAGACGAUAAUCAUACCUGUGCAGUUCAAUGGCUGUACUUGGAAGGUGAUGACACUUAUGCACACCCUAAUUCGUUUAACAUUUUUGGUGUAUAUGUGUUACAACAGGAAACCUUUGCUGAUAGCCCAGUGUAUAAACAUAUAGAUGUUGCUAAUUAUCUGUAUUAUUGGCCUGGGUUUAAUUCGUGGUAUAUAAGUCAAACUGUAGGAGCCGCCGCUAUCACGGGUUAUUUUUACGAAGGUCCAAAGUAUCCGGAAUCUAUACAGACUCCUCUGUAUGUAGCUGGCAACGACAACGCGUGGACGCUUUCUCAUUACACGCUAACAUCAUGUACAGAAGGGUCAGUGUGCUUUUGUUAUGCCGGUUAUGAAUGGGAUGGAG